GAUCCAUAAAUAAAAUGAAAAAUAAAACAACAUUCCUCUCUCCGAUAUCCUGAAUCUAUGAAGUUCUAUUUCUCCGACAUGCGGAAGCAUCCAUGCUCAUCGCUUUAUUUAAUUGAAACGCAAUUUAAUUUCUUUCUUAAUCAUUGGAGUUAAUUUGUUUCCGUUUUGAUUUUUUUUUUUGAGGUUUUGCAGAUGGUACCAAGAUUUUUAUCGGGAAACAGGGAACCAGCAAAGGGUUUGUCUAUGGUGUUCUUAAUCGGUACCAGUUGCAGUUUCCAAAAAUAGAUAAGGUAGACCUCUGUGGAGCUGCUUUGCCAGCCUGGAAUAAUUAGUAAUUUUUUGGGUGAUAAUGCAACAGUUGCGACCUCUGUUUAACAGGCUUGGAUAUAAUGUAAGCUUCUCUAAACAAAACGUUCUUUUAUAAAGAGUUAUUUAACGAUAUCAACAGGCUUUACGUACAGUUCAUCUUAGAUCGAAAGCAUGGCAAAUUUAAGGCACCAUUACUCCAACAGUCCAUGGUCAUUCAUCUCUUUCCUUCUUGCGCCCUUGUUGCUUCUCCUUACCCUUCUACAAACAAUAUUUACAAUCUCCCUUCGGUCUUGAAAGUGCAGGAAACCAAAAUCUUUCAUCCAUGGAUUUGGCUCUUCAGCAUAUAUAUGAAUAAUGCAAUGACUCCUUAAUUAUGUCCAGAAUUUGUGAUUUGUUGAGCUAGUGUUUGUAAUUGUUGGUAUGAGUGCAUACGACUCUUUGUUGAUUGUAUAAAUUGGUGUUGGAUGUUGAUGCUUUUGUGUAUGUAACUGGCAUGUGAGCGCCCUGCUAAUGGUU